GGCUGUGCACAACUUCAAACCCAAGCUUGGCAUCAAACAGCGAGCCCUCAGAUAAACCAAACAAACAGACCGGGGAUCGCGCAGAGGGAGGCGGCCCUGGAAGUGGAAUAACAACACAACCAGAUCUCGACGCCUUGCACUUUGCAAACUCUUUGCAUUUCCACUUUAUGAUCCAUCUGUCUUGCAUGCAAUUGUAUCGAAUUGUGAGGUUAUUGUCAUGCGAUCAUAAUGACCUGUUUGUAGCGCUAGUGUCCGCCCUGUGAUUGCGCUUUGAUGUAGGCCUAGAGGCCGAUCAGAGAUCAGAUUACAUGCUUUAGAUCGCAGCCAUCCCCUGCCUUUGAUCUCCACGCUGAUUUUGUCUUCAAUCCGGGGAUUCCUCUGGACUGAAGCAGCGCAGCCGGGCAGAGAGCACAUCGCAUGGCUGGAAUGGUCUGGAGCCCUAUGCAGAACGCAUAGGAGUGGAUAUCUGUCUGAAACUACACUCAUUCAGCCAGGGAAAGGACAACUAAAGAACCGAUCAGACUGCAGCAGCACAUACCAGACUCAUUCCACAGUAGCCCCUCAAAAUGGCCUGGAUGUUUGGUCACACCUGGUUACUUCUACUGACAUUUCAUGUAAUAUACUCAUCUCUGGUUCCUGUGACGGCGGAGGAGGAGACCAGGGAAUGCAGGGAACAGGAGUACAAGGAUCAACUUGGGAACUGUAAACCCUGCAAACAGUGUGAUGCAGGACAGGAGCUAUCAAAGGAAUGUGGCUUUGGUUACGGAGAGGAUGCCCGGUGUGUGCCCUGCAGAAGCAGCCGCUUCAAAGAAGAUAGGAGCCUGCAGAAGUGCAAGCCCUGCCUGGACUGUGGCCUGAACAACCGCUUCCAGAAGGGCAACUGUUCCACCACCAGAAAUGCUGUGUGCGGAGACUGUCUGCCAGGGUUUUACAGGAAAACUAAGCUGAGCGGAUUCCAAGAUAUGGAGUGCAUACCAUGUGGGGACCCUCCACCUCCAUAUGAACCACACUGCAGCGGGCGGGUGAACCUGGUCCCCAUCCCCCCGGUGGUGACCAGCCCUCGGGACAUGGCCCUGGCAGCAGUCAUCUGUAGCGCUCUGGCCACAGUGCUGCUGGCCCUGCUCAUCCUCUGUGUCAUCUACUUCAAGAGACAGCUGCUGGAGAAGAAGCCCAGCGCAUCUCUAAGGUCCCAGGAUGGUCCGUACAGUGGAGCAGAGUUGUCGUGCCUGGACCGACGGAAGCUCAAUGACUUCCCUCAGCGCCCAUGCUGUCAGUGUCACCACGGGCCAGGCCACACCUGUGGCCCAGUGCACCUGAUCCCCUCCCUGUGCUGUGAUGAAAUCUGCAGUCUGGGCCGGAGCAGAGACACCAGCCCCUUCCAGUCCCAGAUCAGCCUCAACGAGGGAUGCAGCAUAGACCCCUGUGAGGAGAACGUCCUGGCCUGUCUGAAAGCCCAUCCAGAGCCCUGCAUCUCCAGAGAGGCUGGCGAGACAUGGCCACUCAUGCAGAACCCCGACUGUGUCGAGAGCUUGGGACCGCCGCGCUGCAACCCAGAACCCACAGAGAGGUGCGAUGUGGAGGAAGAGGGUGAGGAGGGCGAGGAGGAAGAGGGGUGCACGUUAAGUGAGGACACACAGGAGAAGCCAACUGAUCAGAGCCAGGAGAAGACUGGUGCCCUGACAGAGGUCCUCCUUCCAAAGCAGCAGCCAUCUUCACUGGAAGGAUGACAUGGAUUUAGUUGGCUCGCGUUCCACCCUUGAACCACCCUGGACCGGAAAACAGUCCAGAAAGAUCCCGUUUCAGAUUACAUUAGCCCACACACCAAUUUCAAAAAAGUGUGUGGCACACAAUCUCUUUCAAGUGGCUUGUGACCCACGGCCUUCCGUCACGCAUCUGAAGCGACUAUGUAAAUAAAUGCAAACAAAAGCACUUCACGGCAAAAUAAAGCACAAGAGCAGAGACUGAAAAGAAAUCUAUGCACAACGUGAUGUUGCCGUUCCAGAGGCUGAUAUAAUGAAGUUCAAAUGAUGAUAAAAUGACUGUUGACUGGUACAAAGUAAAUUGAAGCCAUCCCCUUUGUUUCUGAUGUCUGCUUAAGAAUGUCUUACAUCUACUUAUGUAGUAAACUAGCAGCAACAGUAUCACAGAUCUGGCAGUGUGACUAUUGGUGUGUCUUAAUAACUGACAACGUCUCCUUAAAGGGCCUAAGAGAAGCAUGUCAAAACGGACGUCUGUGAUUUCUGGUGCUCAUUGAAGACAGUCUAGAUAAUACUGAACAAGACCUUUUAAGGAUUGGACCCUUUGUUUUCAAAUUUUGCCUAAAAUGACAUACCCAAAUCUAACUGCCUGGAACUCAGGCCCUGAAGCAAGGAUAUGGAUUUUCUUGGUACCAUUUGAAAGGAAAUACUUUGGAGUUUGUGGAAAUGUGAAAGGAUUGUAGGAGAAUAUAGCACAUUAGAUCUGGUAAAAGAUAAUACAAAGACAAAACCAACAGUUUUUUUUGUUAUUUUUUAGUACCAUCAUCUUUGAAAUGCAGAGAAAGGCCAUAAUGUAUUAUUCCAACCCAGGUGCAAUUUAGAUUUUGGCCACUAGGUGGCAGCAGUGUACCUGCAAAGUUUUAGACUGAUCCAAUGAACCAUUAAAUUUCUGUUCAAAAUGAUGUAUCAAGACUUCCCAAAUGUGCCUAAUAUGUUUAUUAAUAACUUUUCAUGUUUAAAACUGUGCACUCUCCUCAAACAAUAGCAUGGUAUUAUUUUACUGUAAUAGCAACUGUAAAUUGGACAGUGCAGUUAGAUUAACAAGAAGUUAAGGUUUCUGCCAAUAUCAGAUAUGUCUAUGUCCUGGGAAAUGUUCUUGUUACUUACAACCUUAUGCUAAUCGCAUUAGCCUACGUUAGCUCAACCGUCCCGCAGGGGACCCACCGAUCCUGAAGAACAAUGAGGAAUGUUUGUGUGUGAUAUCAAAUUGGUUGUAGAUCUUGUAAAAUAGAACAUAGGUCAAUAUUUUUGUAACGUAGACAUGACUGACUAGUGACAAAUAUGCCUGUUUUUUUCAGUUGCAGUAUUGGUGGUUGUGCAUACUUUUUAUACACUUCCACAAUUAACUUUAAUUUGAUAUAAUUGUCCAUAUUUGUAAAUAAACCACUUCAACAAGA